CCACCAUGUCACGCUUUGACUCGUGAAAAUGAAAAACCAAAACAAUCUCAGCCCCAGGAAGAUGAACAAUUCUCGCGGGCAACAAAGGACUCGCCCAUAUCAACACACGACUAGAAAUAUUGGAGCAAACGCAGCAGUAGCUGGACGCAUUGCUGGCGGUAAUCAACGCAGCUCACCAUCUUUAAUAGCAGGACCCGCUGUUGAUCACGAAACGGCACUUCGCAAUCAAAUUCACAUGGAGAUCGAAAAAAAAUCUAAAGCUUGCUCAAAUCUCACCUAUGAGUGUACAUUGCCGCGCCUAGAACAGUACAAUUUUUGCAAGCGUCAUAUCUUGCAAGACUCCCGGGCUCCCUACAAGCAAUGCGCUUUUUUCUAUGCCCUCAAUGGUAAGCGGUGUCAAGAACCCGCUCCCAAAUAUGACAAUAAAAAAGAUUAUGGUACAAACUAUUGCUUCGAGCACAGUCGGUUGACACAGUUGACAAAAACAAAAUCCACCAUUGGAAAGCAUACACCGUUAGAAACCACGGAAACCUUAAUGCAUAAUUUGGCUCAUCAUGUGAAAGUUGACAAAGCUAAGCAGCAGCAGCAACAAUUGGCCAAUUGUUCCAGUCUUAAAAUCACAGUUCACGAGGACGAUGAAGAUGGCGACGUGGAUGUUGUCACGCCAUCGGUCGAUCCGUUCGUUGAUAUUGACGUGGCAGCAAUUAACGACUCGGCACGCGUCGUGUUAGACUACGCUUCGGAUAGCAAUUCGGAAGACGAGGCAACAAAUAUGGCAAAUACCUGGCGCGGAUUCGAGAUGGACAAUUCUGAUAAUGAGAGUGUUGAUUCGCAAACUGAAGACUUGUUGAAGCACGCUGGGAUCUACACCGCUGAGGAAGCCACUUUGAUUACCAAGGAAAAAUUGAUUCGAUUGCAGACUCUGUAUAUUGAUCAAUUCCAUCGACUUCAGCAUGUGCUAAAGGAAAAACGUCGACAAUAUUUACAAGAUCUGCGCAGUGAGAGAGAACAGUACUGUAGUAUUCAUAAUCAAAUCAAAGACACACCUAAGGAACGUCGAAUGUACGAGAAGUUGAAGGCUCUGAACCAUUAUCACACUAAGCAUGGAGUGGAAGCGAUUCUACAUCGCAAGUAUCGAGAAAAGCGCGCAAAAGCUACAGAAGGAUUACAGCAGAAGGUACCAAACUAUCCAAAAUGUGCAUUUACAGAAGGUGGUGUUAAAUGCGGGGAACGGACAUUACCAUGUUCCAAAUUUUGUCGGAAACAUAUUUUAGAAGACAAAAAGCAAAUACUAUUUAAAUCUUGCGGAGUCGAAAAAAGUGGAGUCAUUUGUCAGGAACCAUUAGCGAACAUUUUCGAAGACUCUACCUGCUAUUUGCAUGUAGAACUACCGGCUCAAAAAACAUUUACAAAGAAAAAGUUUGAAUCUGAAUCGGAGGGAGAGGAAGAUGCCCAGUCGGAUAUCAAAAAAGAACUACUGCUCGAACGGGGCGAGGAAUCGCCCUCUCAAUCCACUAGUACCACAACAGCCACUGCUGUGGAGCCUGCUGAGCAAGAAAUAUCGAGCGAGCCAGCUAUUGUGGAGCAUAACAUUACCAUAGUGCACGAUAGUGAACCUGACAACUUAGAAGAUUCGCUUCCAAUUUGCGUCAUCGCGAAACCGUUGCCAGUGAAAGAAAAGUUGGUUUCAAGUGCUGAUGAAAAAGACCCACAAGCGACGAAAAAAACUGAUGCAGACAAUGACGAAAAAACGUCUAAUCCAAGCUUUGCAGGAAAAUGAAAACAUCGAUUAUAUUGGUCUCAAUUCAAUUGAUUUUUUAUUGUUUCUUUGUUUGUAAUAGUUUCCCCAAAUACAAUAGCGACGAAACAGAAAAAUAACUGAAAAAUUGUAAACGUGUAAAACGAUAAAAAAAAGAAUAAGUUUCUAAUAUGCUUUCUCGUUGUAAAUUUUUGGAAUAAACUUUUCAGUUAAAUCUGAUCACGUUUGUUGCAUCACUAUCACCACACUCGACCCAUUUUUAUACUGCGGGAAAAUUUGAGCGUACAUUAUUCGUUAGAUGGGAGAUUUAAUCACAUUUCCGAGAAGCUAGAAUACUGAAUAGUUCUUCAUUUACUGUUGAAUGGUGCUGUUAAAUGUGUGUGCGUUUUGAGAA